ACACACACACACACCAGUCCGGAAAUAACAAACACUCAAGUGAAUGAGUUUGAAGUUUAGGAGCAGCUCAGAGGCAGAAAAUGUGCGCCUUGGGGCAAAGGCACGCCUGUGAGCUACUGAAACAUCUCACUGGCUGAAACUCCCUGAAGUUCUACAUUUCUUCUUCUUCUCGAACAGUGAAGAUUCAGGACUUGACCACAGUCUCUGGAGUGUUGAUCAUGGGGAGAAGAGGAGCAGCGCAGAGACAUGAAGAGUUCACCUUUGUCAGUCCCGUCGUCAAAUAUUUACUUUUCUUCUUCAACACCAUAUUCUGGAUUAUCUCAAUGGUGCUGAUGUCCAUUGGUGUGUACGCCAGAAUAAGUAAACACGAGACAGCGAUGGCCUGUUUGACGGUGGACCCCUCCCUCCUGCUGCUGAUCGUCGGCGUUCUCAUGUUUCUCCUCACGUUCUGCGGUUGUGUGGGUUCUCUCCGAGAGAACAUCUGCCUCCUGCAAACGUUCUGCAUCUGCUUGACAGUCAUCUUUUUGCUGCAGUUGGUUGCUGGAAUUUUAGGUUUUGUCUUUUCAGACAAGGUGCGUUAUAAAGUGACUGAAAUGAUCAACAAUGCAAUCAAGCAUUACAGAGAUGAUCUGGACCUGCAGAACCUCAUUGACUUUGGACAAAAAGAGUUUGCCUGCUGUGGUGGUAUUUCUUUCAUGGACUGGUCACAGAACAUCUAUUUCAACUGCACGGACGAGAACCCGAGCAAAGAGCGCUGUGCCGUGCCCUUCUCCUGCUGCCUCAUCUCGAAGGACGAGGCUCUAAUAAACACUAUGUGUGGACAUGGCAUGCAGAAACUGGAGAUGGUGAAAGCCAGCGGUUUCAUCAACACCAGUGGUUGCAUUGAUAAACUCGUCAACUGGAUCCAUAGCAACAUGUUUCUGCUGGGAGGCAUAGCGCUGGGCCUCGCCAUCCCUCAGUUGGUGGGAAUCCUGCUCUCUCAGGUCCUGAUUAACCAGAUUCAAGAUCAGAUUAAACUUCAGGACUACAACUUGCAGCAUCACUCAGACCCAUGGAGCUGAACGGACUGUUGCCGAUGUGAAAGAGCUCUGUCUGAAACACUUAGUACAAUCAGUAUGAAGCUAAGCUAAACAACAUGCAUAGAUACAGUAUACACUCACUGGCUACUUUAUUAGGAACACCCAUCCAUCCAUCCACCUCCUGUUUUCUGCAGUUCUCUGAUCAGUCGAUCCCUUGAUGCAUCAAAUCAUGCAGAUACAAAUCAAGAGCUUCAGUUAAUGUUCACAAUGUUCAAACAUCAGAAUGGGAAAAAUUGUGAUCUCAAAGUAUGGCUUUCUUUCACUGUGGCAUGGGUGUUGGUUUGAGCCAGAUGGUGGUUGGUGGUUUGAGUAUUUCAGAAGCUGCUGAUCUCUUGGGGUUUUCACACACAACAAUCUCUAGAGUUUACACAGAAUGGUGCGAAAACCAAAAAACACUGCAUUGAGAGAGCAACCGUUCUGUGGGUGGAAACAAACGACUUGUUGAUAAGAGAGGCCAGAGGGAAAUGGACAGAGGAAAAUGGUUUAAGCUGCCAGGAAGGAUAGAGCAACUCAUAUCAUCACUCUUUACAACCGUGGUGAGCAGAAAAGCAUCUCAGCAUGCAACAGCAGAAGAACACAUUGGGUUUCACUCCUGCAGCCAAGAACAGGGAUCUUAGCAUCAACAACAAGUUCCUAUUAAAGUGGCAAAUGAGUGUAUCUCUUUAUCACAGGCAUGUCCAGAGCUUCUAGACUAGAGUUUUACAGGGAUGAGAACCUCAGGUGCUUCAUGACGUGUGGUUAUUACAUCGAAGGCCAUCUGAAUAACUGGGUUUUUUUUAAUCAAACGCAAUCACUUUUUCAUGUUGUAAGACAGCAGAUUUGGACCCUAAUAUUAAACUUGGAAAACAAAAACGAGCUUUGAGCUCAGAGGUCCGAAUUGCUGUAAUGUGAUAUUUAUUCAUUUGUACUAGGAGAACUUUUCAAUGAUGGGCAACACUAAAUUUUCAGAACCUACCACUAAGUGCUUCCUACAGCUUCAAAGUUACUGAUCAUUCCUUUCUACACAUGGAUAGAUAAAAAUCAACUGUGCAAAAUGUUCAUCUGUUUACAGAAUGAUGUCAUUUUAUAUCUUCUAUAUAUGAAUGUGUGUAUGUGCAUUCUCACUGCAGACUUACAAGUUGUUGCUGUUGUUGUUGUUGUACAUUUCAGGAUAUUUUGUGUAUAAGGUUUAAUGUGUUAGGUAACAAAAAUUUCUUGUAUACUUAUAACACAUCUACUAUAAAAACUUAAUGUAUGUAAAACAUAUCUUUUUAUAGAAAAUAUUAAAAAGUUGUAAUUGCAGCUAACCUCCACAAUGAUGUGAGAUCAUGAAAAUGAAUUUUUUUGCACCACUGAAA